CUAGAAGCAGAAGCUCGACGUCUGCGUUCCGAGCUGCAAGCCUUCCGCAGUGCAGAGAGCGACUUGCGUCGACAAAUUAUUCAGCUUCAGGCGGCGGAAAGAACAAGUCGCGUAGAGAAUGCUCAAAUUCAUCAGGAGUAUGAGAGUUUACAGGCCAAACUAGCUAGCCUAACACAUAGAGCUGAGGUGAGAGGGUGCCUAAGUACAUGUAUCUCUUUAAUUCACGUAUUUCUUAUGGGACUAGCCAAUUCUAUACAGGAAUUUAGGCUUAUUCAUGUCAUCCUAUCUUUUUAUAGUUAA